CCGGAGAGCAGAGAGGCAGCGUCGCCCUCCAGGAGCAGGAGAGGGAGCGGGACCCGGACCCGAAGCAGGAGCCGAAGCCGGAUCGCCGAUCUGCCCCUGGAAUCAAUCAAUCGUAUUUAUUGAGCGCUUACUGUGUGCAGAGCACUGUACUAAGCGCUUGAAGCUUGGAAGCUUGGAAUCGUCAGAGGCAGAACACCAACAGUGAAGGAGCACCCCGGCUCCUUCCCCUGCUCCAGCCCAGACCCAGGGCCCACAGAGAUGAGCUCCAUGGAGGUGCCCGUGCAGACGGAGAUGGUGGAGCUCGUGCCCAAUGGCAAGCCCAUGGAGGGACUGAGCCCUGGAGCCCUGCCCCCGGGUGGGAGUGAAAGAUUUGAGGAGCACAGGCCCAGUCCAGCAGAGGUGGAAGGCUUCUUGCCACCAAGGAUCGACAAGCAGACCCACUUCACUGAUUUUGAAGGUAAAACGUCCUUUGGGAUGUCAGUGUUCAACCUCAGCAACGCCAUCAUGGGCAGCGGCAUCCUGGGGCUUGCAUAUGCCAUGGCCAACACGGGCAUCCUGCUCUUCCUCUUCCUCCUGACAUCAGUUGCACUGCUUUCCAGUUACUCCAUUCACCUGCUGCUCAAGUCCUCAGGCAUUGUGGGCAUCCGCGCCUAUGAGCAGCUGGGCUUUCGGGCCUUCGGGACUCCUGGGAAGCUUGCUGCAGCCACGGCCAUCACCCUGCAGAAUAUCGGAGCCAUGUCAAGUUACCUGUACAUCGUGAAGUCAGAGGUGCCCCUGGUGAUCCAGACCUUCCUCAACCUGGAGGAGAAGACCACGGACUGGUACAUGAAUGGGAACUAUCUGGUGAUCCUUGUCUCUGUCACCAUUAUCCUGCCCCUGGCGCUGAUGAAGCAGCUUGGAUACCUGGGCUACGCCAGUGGCUUCUCUCUCAGCUGUAUGGUCUUCUUUCUUAUCUCGGUCAUCUAUAAGAAGUUCCAGAUCCCAUGCCCACUGCCCGAGCAUGAUACCAACAGAACGGGAAACUUCAGUUUGGUGCAGGCCAUCACCCUUGAUUAUGCCAGUGGGGACCCCCAUAUUCAGGUCACUGAUGCCACUACCUGUGCCUCCAGCCUAUUCACCCUCAACACGCAGACGGCAUACACCAUCCCCAUCAUGGCCUUCGCCUUUGUCUGCCACCCCGAGGUGCUACCUAUCUACACUGAGCUCAAGGACCCAUCCAAGCAGAAGAUGCAGCACAUUUCCAACAUCUCCAUCGCUGUCAUGUAUGUCAUGUAUUUUCUGGCUGCGCUCUUUGGCUACCUCACCUUCUAUGGCCAGGUGGAAUCAGAGCUCCUGCACACCUACAACAGCGUGGACCCCUUUGACGUGCUCAUCCUGUGUGUCCGUGUGGCUGUGCUCACAGCUGUCACCCUUACAGUCCCCAUCGUUCUAUUCCCGGUACGCCGGGCCAUCCAACAGAUGUUGUUCCAACAUAAGGAGUUCAGCUGGUUGCGGCACAGUCUCAUUGCCAUUGUCCUGCUCACCUGCAUCAACCUGCUCGUCAUCUUUGCCCCGAAUAUCCUAGGCAUCUUCGGGAUUAUCGGUGCUACAUCGGCCCCCUGCUUGAUCUUCAUCUUUCCAGCCAUCUUCUACAUCCGCAUCAUGCCCAAGGACAAGGAGCCCCUGAGAUCUACACCCAAAAUACUGGCCAUGUGCUUCGCGGGACUUGGUGUCCUCUUCAUGAUCAUGAGUCUCAGUUUCAUUAUCAUUGAUUGGGCCACCGGGAGCAGCCGGAGCGGUGGCAGUCACUAGAGCCUGGGGCCUUGUUUUCCCCACCUCGUCCUCGGGCCAUGGCGGCUGGACUGGCUUCCCUCGUCCCCCCAACCCCUUGCCGAGCCUGCUCCCUCCCCUGGCCCAGCCAGAUAGUACUGUACAGCUGCACUGCAGCCCAUGACUGGUUGGGGGCAGGAGGAGAGGACAGGAGGGAGGCAGGGAAGGACCUCUGAACACUGUGUGCUUUUUUUUAAC